AUGGCAAAGCCGAGAAAGCAAUAUCAGAGCUGCGACCGUUGCCGCCAAGGUCGACGGGCCUGUGACGCGGUGACAAAUGGCGCGAAUCCGCUGCAGCGCGGUGCCGCACAGGUGGUGGCCUGCUCAAACUGCCAGAAAUCGAAAAGAAAAUGCACAUUCAACUGGCUCCAGCAACUCCCGCGUGGAUCACUACCGGAAAGGCUGAAACAAAAGUUCUCCAAAGACUACGAUUUCGUUCAUUAUGAACGAGAGUUGCAGCCUCUCAGGAUGCCGCGUCUGCGUCCACAGCCUGCGAGCCCGUCAGGAGACAUGCCCAUGGACGCUCCACUCCAACCGACUUCCGGCUAUGGAGAUUGCCACCAUGCGCAGGAUGCGCGCUCCGCUGAUUUGGCGAUUGACAGUGGUUCUCUUCCCUGGACAGGAGAUAUAUCGGGUACAGCGGCUCACACAUCUGGCUAUGCGCCACAAUCCUCUCAUAGCCUGGGGACUAGUCAGUCCGAAAUUCCGGCUUCUGACGUUGGUGGAGAAGAAGGCUUCCUAAUGUCGAAAAGGCUCGACGAGGCAGGGACUGUGAUGACGUUUGACACCUGGGAACCGCCAUCAUCAUCAUCAUCUUCAUGGCCCGCUCAUCUACCAAUAGUCGGUUACAAAUUGUCCCUCGGGAUUCCUAAGGGCGUAGAAGAGUACGCAACAACCGCCCAUGCAGGUCCAGGCCAUGCCACAGAGAUUGGAGGCGCGCCUCAUGGCUCGUUUGCAGCAGAUCAAUCGAUUUACCAGCCUGUCCAUUACUCUCCAAUAGACUGUUCCACUCCAUCGCGGGAAGCAGAAGUCAGUGGCCAGGAGUUACAGCUAGUACAGAGGUACACCAAAGGUCAAAUUUCCAGAAAGCUCCUUCAAAUAUACCUCGAAAGUUUUGAGAACAUUCCAGCACUCUACUUUCAAGGAUGGAACUGGCGAUAUAUCCAAGACCACACCCCGCUCCGUGGGAGCUUCAGUUUCUUGCAAUUGGCCAAGAAUCUCGACAAGAUGCUCGACCCGCUUCGCAGGCAACCUCUCAGUCAGCAAGACAGUCUCAAAGCUUCAAAUGCUCUCACAUACGCUCUCAUGGCGUUUGCCAGCCAAUGGCUUCAACCAGACCAAGCCAAGUCGGCAGAAUUUACAGAUCAGUGGGCCAUUCACACUGCUGGGACAAAGUUUGGAGAAGUCCAAUCCCCUUUGCAGCAAGAAUUGCAGCGCGAGGCGGAGGAUGCGCUUCGCAGUUGUCUGGGUCUCACAUCGUUUCAAGUGAUCCUCGCCCAGCUGUUAUUCUCAUGGUUUCGCAAACCUCGGGUUGCCGACAAAACCCUUUUUGGCACGAGUCCAACUCACCAUGAAUCCACUUCACCCCAGUCGCCUGGGGCUCACAGUCCUCUCGAUCAUACCGUACUUGCUGUCCGACAGCUUCUCUCUUGGAAAAGAGACAUCAUUUCAUCGGCAAACGAAGCGGCCGAUUCCAUUCCACGGAGCGGGCUCGUGUUGUCGAAACUCAUUCCUCGGCAAGGCUAUCUGGCUUUCAGUGUCAUGUUUCGUUUCGGAGUCAUGUGCGACACCACAACGGCAGUCAUGAAAGACCGGCUUCCAGUCAUUCCCGACCAGGAAUCCGUCUUUGAGAUCGAGGAUGUCGAGCCGUCAGAGUACUCAGCCUCGGAGGCGGUGUUCAGUGCAAAUCGAGCAGUGAGCAUGUGGGAUUCUCUGGCUCCCGAAUCGGUCUGUAAGUUUGGCAUGACAGCUCCACGAUGGCCAUGGACGGACGAGGUGGCGGCACGAGUGCUUCAGGAGGUUCUCGCACUAAAGAACCUUCUUUGGCGUAGGUUACCUGUCAUACAGACCAGUAUAGCCGGUGUCUCGGCCCCGUACGACCUCGAAAAACACAUUGGAGAAACGUGCCAAAUCUACCAAUAUGUGACGAGGCAGUAUUCCGAAUUUCUCGAGGACUGUCGGGCUCACCUUGCCCAACUGUCCUUGAAGCUCAAGUCGUGGUAUCUCAUGAUAUGUAGUCAUUGGCAUUUGGCAUGCCUGAUUCUGGCUCGUCACAUCGAACUUAUUGAUGAGACUGGCCAAUCUGAAUCCGUUCAGCGUUCGCUGCGCCAAUCGUCGGCUUUGGUUUGGGGAAUUCGAAAAGAUAACGCUUAUGCCAUAUCGAGAGUGGCCAGCGUAGCAACCCUGCCCGACUUUUGCAGCAUGAGCUGUGCACGUGAGGACAAGUUCUUUUUCUUUGCUGAUCAAGGUGCACUGACCACUGAGCCAUGGUCGGAGGUACUCUACCAAAGUAUCACAAGGUCCUGCGAGAUUCUGUUUUUUUGGAUUGCGUGCACCAAAGAACCCAGUCUCGAUCCCGAUCAGCUGGUCUGGCUCAGGGCAAACACAAACAUUCUGGAUUUGAUCGAAAAUGUGUCGAGUUGCAUCGAGGCCCUGAAAUACUUGGGCGGUCGCUCGGAUCACAUCAUGUGCACCGCCAUCUCCAUGGAUUUGCGCCUCCAAGAAUUGAAGAUGGACACAUCACUUCAAACGCAGCCUGGCGGCCUCGGAUGGCGAACCUGGGGCCAGGGUCCUACCUAUGACUAUUUAUUUUCCUACGAUCAUCUUAACUAUAGUGACCCUCUUUUUUGA